AAUCUGUCCAUAAGACCCAUCUCUUUCUUGUAGGGUUCAGCUUCAUCACUGAGACCCCAGGCCUCCGUCAACCUCCACCCCCAGGCCCCUAGCCAUCUUCAGCAGGUCCCAGUCCCGGCUCCAUCAGUGCUCUCGCUCCAGCCGCAGCUAUGCUGCACACCGAGGGCCAUGCUCUGCUUCGGGCUGUGGGUCAGGGUAAGCUGCGCUUGGCCCGUUUGCUUCUGGAAGGGGGCGCCUACGUGAACGAGGGUGAUGCCCAGGGGGAGACUGCGCUAAUGGCGGCCUGCCGGGCCCGCUACGACGACCCCCAAAACAAGGCGCGCAUGGUACGCUACCUCCUGGAGCAAGGCGCGGACCCCAACAUCGCAGACCGCCUAGGGCGCACGGCUCUCAUGCAUGCUUGCGCAGGAGGUGGGGGCGCCGCGGUGGCUUCGCUGCUUCUUGCGCACGGCGCAGACCCCUCCGUCAGAGAUCACGCGGGCGCCUCUGCGCUGGUCCACGCCCUGGACCGUGGGGACCGGGAGACCCUUGCCACGCUGUUGGACGCCUGCAAGGCCAAGGGCACGGAAGUCAUCAUCAUCACCACCGACACCUCGCCCUCGGGCACCAAGAAGACGCGUCAAUAUCUCAAUUCUCCACCGUCCCCUGGGGUGGAGGAUCCUGCUCCCGCCCCACCCAGCCCCGGGGUCUGCACAUCGCCUUCAGAAAUACAGCUUCAGACUGCUGGAGGAGGAGGAGAAAAAGGAGGAGGGCGUGGGUCGUUAUCCCCUCGCGCCCAGGAGGAGGAGGAGAAGCGGGACGUAUUUGAAUUCCCUCUUCCUAAGCCCCUCGAUGACCCUUCCCCUUCAGAGCCGCUCCCCAAACCACCCCGUCACCCCCCGAAACCACUAAAGAGGCUCAACUCCGAGCCCUGGGGGCUCGUGGCCCCUCCACAACCGGUUCCACCCGCCGAAGGGAGACCGGGGAUCGAACGCUUGACCGCCGAAUUCAAUGGCCUGACCCUGAGCGGCCGACCCCGUCUUUCCCGACGUCACAGCACGGAAGGCCCUGAGGACCCGCCCCCUUGGGCGGAGAAAGUGACGGGCGGGGGUCCUCUCUCCCGCCGAAACACUGCGCCCGAGGCUCAGGAGCCUGGUCCCCCUUCAGGAUUGCGACAGAAACUGAGCCGUAUGGAGUCGUUGGAGCUCGACACCCCCGGACACUUUUGCACCGACUCGCCUGAGUGCAGCCGUCUGGCCUUGGAGCGUCGCCGGUACAGCGCCUCCCCGCUGGCCUUCCCUCCUGCCGCCUCGGCUCCCUCCCCGCGCCAGUCCCAGGAGAGUCUGCCGGGAGCCGUCUCUCCGCUGAGCGGACGGAGGCGGAGUCCCGGGCUGCUGGAGCGCAGGGGCUCGGGGACGUUGCUCCUGGACCACAUCUCGCAAACACGCCCAGGUUUCCUGCCUCCACUCAACGUCAGCCCCCACCCUCCCAUCCCCGACAUCCGUCCCCAACCCGGGGGCCGGGCGCCUUCCCUACCUGCUCCUCCCCAAGCCGGGGCGCCAGGCUCUCCCAGGACCAAGCGCAAGUUGGUGAGACGCCACUCCAUGCAGACUGAGCAGAUACGCCUGCUAGGGGGUUUCCAGAGUUUAGGUGGGCCAGGGGAGCCAGGGCGUUGAGAGGUCUGAGAGGAGCCAAGGGAGGGUGGGCAGCAGGGACCUCGAUGGGACAGGUGGAUCGGCUUACACACGCACACAGAUACACUUAUACCACAGACAUAGCGAUCUCUUGCAUGUGCUCACAGCACGGUGCACGCACAUAUGGGUCAACAUGAUGUGUCCACAAGCACAGGAAUCUUAUUAGCAGGAAAAGACAAGCACUCUUUAUUUACCGAAUGUAUAGACACAUGCGCUCAUGCCUGAACAUUUCACGUGCACAAGGGAUUGUUUGUGCACCCACAGACACAACACACUAACUAAUAAACACAGAGGACCACUGGGUCCUAAGCAUCUGUUCAGAAACAGUGGGGGAACCCGACUUUGUGGGUCAUCGUCUGUAUUUUUGCCCUCCUGCUGAAGCAAGUCCGUGCUUUCCAUGUAUGCCCUGCAACACAGCCUCUCAUGAUUUUGCACACUGGACUUCAUGAAUACACCACUUAGUGCUAUGGGUCCUGCCUCUGCAGACCUGGCCCUAUGUUCACACCCUGCUUUCAGCCCCACUCACCUUACAGGAUAUCUUCUCAUUCUUCUUGGGGGUUCCUGCAGCCAGUCCCUGCCCCCUCAGUACUACUGCUGCCCUCCUACUCUCAGCUUGACUUCUCAACUUCCUGCUUUUACUCCCACCCUGUCCUUCCCCCACAGCCACCACUAACAGGUUGACUCAUUUUCCCAGGGGUGGUGGGUCAUGGGCUCUAAGCUGCUCUUCUGUCUGAGCUUAUGAACACCCCCACCGAGAGAAGUGGGGAGGAACCCUAAAUAACGCCUCUCUCCACUUGACUUAUCAAAUAAAUGUGUUCGGAA